GCCGGCCAGCAGGGGGCGCCCCGGGCGAGUGAAGACGCCCUGUUUUCUCGCAGCUCAGGAAUCGGGGGAAAAGAAACGUCGUUGCAGACUCGGAAAGGGAAACCACGGGCAUGAGACGCGUGUUUUCUGAGGAGCUGCAGUCCCCAUCAGGUUUGUCCCGGCUCUCCGGGAGAUGUGGGCUCUGCAGGGACGGGUCGGAUGAACGGCGACGGAGGUGCUGAAGUAUGAGUCUGUGGACCCGUGUUCCUCAGAGCGGGCCGGCUCCCUGUGACCGAUACAAACACGCCUGCUGUGCUCAGGGAGACGACAUCUAUCUGCUCGGCGGCCGGAGGCAGGGCAGACUGAAUGACUUCUGGAGGUACAGCGCUGCGAGCAGCGAGUGGACUGAGCUGGACUGCAGCUCUGAAGAGGCCCCGGAGGAGCUGGAGGAGCACACGAUGGUGACACAUCAGGGAUUUCUGUAUGUCUUCGGGGGAAUGAUAGAUUCUGCCUACACAGAGGGGAAGACCUCUCUCUGGCUGUAUGAUAUAGACAAGAAGCAGUGGGCACGCUGGCAGGGAGCACACAGCAAGAGUGGGGUUCCAGUAAACCGAUGGGGUCACAGUGCUGUGGUCUAUGAGUCUGCGAUGCACGUCUAUGGGGGAUACAUCGAUAUGAAAGGUUCUACCCAGGAGUUCUGGAUGUUUGAUUUUGACUGCGGCCAGUGGUCCUCACUCCUCCCCCCGCUCGGCGACGCUGGCCCCGGGCCCAGGCACGGCCACUCAGCGGUGGUGCACCGGGACGGGAUGUAUCUCUACGGAGGUCUGAUGGGCCUCAGGGAGCAGAGCGACUUCUGGAAGUGGAACUUCUGCAGCCAGUCCUGGUCCAGCGUCAAGGCUUUUUCAGGACCCUCUAAGCUAGUGGGGCACUCAGCUGUGCGGUACGAAGACAGCAUGCUGCUGUUUGGAGGAGGGGAGACGCACAGCUUCCCAAAAAACAGCCUGUGGAGAUUCAGCUUCACGUCCCAGACGUGGGAGAAGCUCUCCACAGCGGCGGACGCCUCCCCUCCCGCGCGGAUCUACCACUGUAGCACUGGACUGGGGCCGGGCUUCCAGGCCAAGGGGAGCACGGCGCCCUCGCCUGGGCCGAGCCCCGGCAGCACGGAGAAGCAGGACGGCCUCAGGCUCAGGCCUUUUAAGAACAGGUGUUUUCCCUCCGCGGCCAUGCAGGGAGCGAUUGAACUGGACACGUUCUGCAUAAAAAACGGCACAGAUGGGUCAGGGCGCGAAACCUCAAGCAGUGGGGCGCCAGAGAGAGACGACCCGCUCUGCCAGCCUUCGUUAAGGACCAGCGGCCUUACUGUGGUGAACAGGGAGGCUUUCGGAAAAGACUCUCUCUCCGUGCCAGAGGACCGUGUGGUGGACCUGCUGCUGGUCAUAGGAGGGAAGCCUUUAAGCCGACGUGCCAGCAUUUCUGUUUGGCAGCUGACGCUGGCUGACCUCUGACCCCUGACCUCUAGUGAAGACUGGAAGCACUUGGCUCUGGGGAAAAAGGCACUGAAUCGCAUUUAUAAUUGAUAAUACUGUCCCAUGCAACAGAUUUUAAAGUUUUAACUUUAUUCUAACAGGUUUUUUGGUAACACCCCUCCAACAUGUUAACUAUUUUCUAUACAACUAUACACUUCGGUAAUACAGUACCAAAUAUUACUGUCUGCUCCUUUAAAUAAUAACAUACAUUUUAAUCAGGGCCUGUGAAAAACAUACUGUAGAGGUUAGGCUCUUAAGAGAAGGUAUUCCUUUAGAAUCUGAAGUUAUUUUCUUAAAUUCAAGUGUGGAUUUUACCAUUAUUUUAUAUAUUAAGAGUACAGUCUGCUCUGCUAUAAACCAGCUGGAGCCUGAUGAGAAGUAUUAUAGUUAAGCAACAGCUAAUUAAAUAGACCAAAAAUAACUCUAUAACAGCCUGCUGAAUUAAAAACCAGAAGACGCCAUGCCAGGGUUAUAUCCAAAUGUGUUGCAUUAUUAUACUGGCCAUGAUGUAAAACAGGCUGGUUUAGGGCUGGUCCUGCGGGUUUUCAUUCCAGCUUGGCUGUGAAAGACCAGGCCUGGCCUGUAGGCAGGUUGUCAGCAUUUUCACAGCUUCUUCCAGCUCUCUGGGGGCUGCGGCUGGCGAGACCCCUCACAACCCUGCAGGCACCCUGGCCCUCCAGGACCAGAGCCGGACCCCCUGCUCCAACAUACCCACACUUCAGGAACAUUCAGCCAUGAAGUUGUUUUCACACGCUGCCGGUCUCCCUUUCAUGAUGCCCACAGUGAGAAGAAAAAGCAGCUCCAGGAAUAAAAGCCUGUUUACACCCUGUGAGUUAAGAGCAGAGUAACUGACUUGUGUUCAAAGCAGAACAAGGACUGUAGCAUCAGGGGCUUGUUUGCAGAGGAUGAGGUCUUCAGAGUCGGAAGAGUGUGUGAGGAAGAUGGGGCAACCUGCACUUUAGGUCAAUACAUUGUCAUUAAUGUUCAGCAUUUGUUUUACAAUGACAUGUAAAGGGCACCUAUCCAUUUGUCUGCACAUAUCUGCAAAACCUCUUCAUUGCCUUCUGGGUAGAGUGUUCUUGUCAGAACAAUUACAAAUGAGUCCAUUUGGGCUAUCUGCCU